UCGAUUUGAUAUAGGCAAUAUUUUUUGUGCGCAGUAAAAAAACCUGUCAUGUCGUUUGAAACGACGUGACACGUGUCUUUUUCCUUAUUGUUGUGUAUUGGGAUUAUUACACUAUUGAUCUGCAAUACCACCAUAGCGCCGCCAGUAGGCGUCAGUAUGUGAUUGUGCAUGGAUUGGAGUUGGAAAGGAAAUAAAUGCUCGCCUGCCCGGUGUAUUCAUUCGGCCUUAUGAUACAGUCUUGAAUAGAACACUGAUGUUUGGGUGACUUGGCCUCAGUUGACUGCGCAUUUCGAGCCAUAAAGGCACUUUUGAUGGAUCAAAACGUUUGUUUUUCUCUCAUUCACAUCAUGAACACGCCUUUUAUUGAGCUCAUUUGGAAAGGGGUGGGAUUUUUCUUUCCCAAACACCAAGGUGUCCUCUUUUUUCGUACGUUUCCGUACUGAACGGAUCAUUUGGCCAUUUGGAUCGUGACGUGACGUGUCUGAGAAUCGUUGGCUCAACAUGAUGUUGGUGCGAACUAAAUGGAAUGAAGGCAAACCCAAGAAAUCUUCCGAGAGGAUGACAAUGUCAAAGAAAUACAGCGAAAGCAAAGUAAGCGGCGUGGUGACGUCAGCCCCGUUUGUUUUUUUUUUCACGUUACCGCCGCCGGUGGGUUUGGGGGGGACGCGGCAGGUUCCACGUCAUCCGCAAAAAUGUGGAGCGGUCAGGUGACUUCCGGAAACCGCCCGGGUGGCCGACCGGCGUCACGUGGUCAGAGGGGCCCCGCGCCAUUGGCCCGAGGAGUCGGCGGCGGGCCGAGCUCCCGUUGGUCGAGCGGCCGUCACUCCCGCCGAAGCUCCGCCCCCUCCCGCUCUCCGGCGCCCGCCUCCCCUAGCCUCCAGACCGCACGGCGCUGGCGGACCGGUCCGGGAUCCGAAGGAAGGAAAAGAAAAGCUGGGAACGCCGGCCGGAGCGGAGAUCGAUCGCCGAUUGGCUAUUUGCUUUCGUUUAUUCUGCCGGUCGGUCGGCCGGCCGGCGUGAUGUCCCGGCUGCUGGAGGGAAAGAAUAAAGACAAGAUGAAAGACAAGAUGAAAGAAAUGAACGCCAAGAACAAAGAGAAGGAGCGGGUGAAGGAGCGCGAGAAGGAGGCCCGGACCAACAAAGGUCACCUCUUCACCUCGCUCACUGUCUCGUCCACCACCUUGUGCUCGGCCUGCAACCGCAGCAUCACCGCCAAGGAGGCCCUCAGCUGCCCCGGCUGCACCGUCACCAUUCACAACCGCUGCCGAGACAGCUUGGCCAGCUGCGUCAAGAUGAAGCAGAAGCAACAGAAGCUGGCGAUGGCGAGGAACAGUUCGGCCCUCCAGAACGUGGCCCUGCGGACCAAAAGCCCGAGCGUCAAGGAGAGGCCCAGUUCGGCCAUCUACGCGUCGGACAGCCUCCGCCAGUCCCUGCUGGGACCCCGACGGGUCCGCUCGGGCCUCUUGCUGGCCAAAAGCGUCUCUACCAAUAACAUCGCCGGGGCCGGCGAGGACUCGGUCGGCCUCAGGAGGAUCCUGUCCCAUUCCACCGAGUCGCUCAACUUUCGGAGCAGGACCCUAUCCAUGGAGUCGCUGACGGACGAAGGAGACUGCUGGUGGAGCCCCCUGCUGGAGGAACUGCAGACGGAGGGUCGCGGCGUUCAAGCGGACAGUUGGAGUCUGCUGGUGGAACCCAAGUUCCUCCAGAGCCUCCACAAAGACCUCAUCAAACAGCAGGACGUCAUCUACGAGUUGAUUCAGACCGAGUUUCACCACGUGCGGACGCUGCGCAUCAUGGAGGGCGUGUACCGGCGCGGCAUGCUGGAAGAAGUGAUGCUGGAGCCCGGGGUGGUUCACGCCAUCUUCCCCUGUCUGGACCAGCUACUGGAGAUCCACGCCGCCUUCUUGGCCCGGCUGCUGGCUCUCAGGAAACGGGGCGGCGGCGACGCCAACUUUGUGGUCUCCGGCGUCGGAGAGCUGCUCCUCGCGCAGUUCUCAGGUCAGAACGCGGACGACGUGAAGAAAGUUUACUCGGAAUUUUGCAGUCGGCACCCCAAAGCCGUCAAACUCUACAAAGAGACGUUGACGCGGGACAGAAGACUGCAGCAUUUCAUCAGACGCGCCUGCCGCGGGCCCCUGCUGCGUCGCCACGGCGUCCAGGAGUGCAUCUUGCUGGUCACGCAGAGGAUCACCAAGUACCCGGUUCUCCUCCAGAGGAUUCUGGACAACACCAAAGGCGACGAGGACGAGGCGCGGGCCCUCGGCCGGGCCCUGGUCCUCCUCAAGGAACUGAUCGGCUCGGUGGAUCGGGAGGUGCUGGAGCUGGAGCGCGCCGGGAGGCUUCAGGAGGUCCAAGCCCGGCUGGACCCCCGGGCUCGAGCGGAAGUCCGCGGCGGAGGCGCCUUCCGAGGCGGAGAGCUCUCGCGACGGAAGCUCCUCCGCGAGGGCUCGCUCCUCUGGAAGGUCCAGGGCUCCAGGAUGAAAGACGUGCGCGUCCUGCUGAUGUCGGACAUCUUGGUAUUCCUCCAAGAGAAAGACCAAAAGUACACCUUCGCGUCCUUCGACAAGUCUCCGGUGGUGUCUCUGACCAAGCUGAUUGUCCGAGAUAUAGCCAAUCAGGAGCGAGGCAUGUACCUGAUCAGCGACUCGGCCCCCCCGGAGAUGUACGAGCUGCACGCCGCCUCCAAAGACGAGAGGCGGGCUUGGAUGAACGCCAUACAACAGGCUUCGGUCAGUUGUCCGUCCAGAGAAGACUUCCCCCUGAUUGAAACGGAAGACAAAGCUUUACUACGCCGGCUUAAAGCGGACAUCUUGCAGAAGGACCGCGAGGUGUUGGAGCUCCUUCAGGAGCGCGUGACGUUGUUCUCGGAGCUGGCGGAAGCCACGGGAAGGAGCGCCGCGGGAGACGGCGCCCCCGAAGCCAACUGCAGGAAGUUGUUUCGAGCGGACGGCGCGCAGGCGCCUCCCGCCGAGCCGCUGCUGACCGGCGCCAUCCGCGAAGUGGACAAGCUGGGCCUCCUGCUGGCGGGAUGCCGCAUCAUCAAAGCCUGCGUCGUCAACGGCGACCUGGAGCGCCCGCCUUCUGAAAAUGCCUCGCAUCCUGCUUCGUCGGAGCCGGACUCUUCAAAGGACGGCAACGGAAACCGGCCGCAGGAAGACACGCUGAAGGAGGAAGUGCGCCGGCAUCUGGUCGGCGCGAGCGCGCAGCUUCACGCCCUUCAGGCCGCCGUCGUUCGCCAGGACUCGGCGGUAGAGCUGCUCGUCGGGCCCGCCUCCGGACCCCGCCUCUGUCGCUCGGUGUCGCGGGACACGGGCCUGGACGCCGGCGGCGAGGCGGCGCUCUUGAGGCGGCAGGUGGAGCUCCUGCAGGAGGAAGUCAAGCGGCUGCGGCGCAGGGAGGAGGAACCCGGGAAAAAGGAGGGGCAGCCGGGCACCAGGAGGAGCAGCGACGGAGACUUGAGCGACGUCAUCCGGGGAGAGGGGAGGAGGCGGCGGGGCAGCAGAGAGCUGGAACUCCACCCCCUGGCUCCGUUGGCCACCCACGACCCGCUGGACCAAUUGGACGGCCUUCAGGAAGCCAACGAGGAGGAAGAGGAGCCGCAAACGCUGAAGAUUUCUCCUCGUUCCGACAGUCCCAGAGACCUCCAAGACAUCCCGGAGGAGAGCGAGUGCGGAGCGGACCCCAGUUAACACCGCGCGGCAUCCCGCUCGGCCAAAUAUGGCCGAGACGCGACCCGAGGAAGAGAGCGCCCGCUACGCCCGCUAUUUAUUGCUUUGUCUCGGCGUUUGGAGAAAAGACCGAGAGUCCGUUCCGGUCGGCCGUUAGCAAAACGGAGCG